GCUUUUGCCACGUAUGACCGUCCCCGACCCCUCUCUCUCCCCACAAUUUCUCCCGAGUCUCCUCGAACGAAUAUUUACUACUUCGUUGCUAAGAAAUUGCUAAGAAAAGCAGAUCUAGGGUUUUCAGAUUCCAUUUCACACUAAUGGCUCUCGAGUGGGUUGUUCUAGGUUACGCCGCGGCCGCAGAGGCCAUCAUGGUCCUCCUCCUCACGAUCCCUGGCCUCGACGGCCUCCGGAGGGGCCUCACAGCUGUUACUCGUAACCUCCUCAAGCCGUUCCUUUCGGUGGUGCCGUUCUGUUUGUUUCUUCUCAUGGACAUCUAUUGGAAGUACGAGACGCGGCCGAGCUGCGAGGGUGACUCCUGCACUCCUUCAGAGCAUCUCCGCCACCAGAAGUCAAUCAUGAAAAGCCAGCGUAACGCGUUACUGAUCGCCUCCGCUUUGAUUUUCUACUGGCUCUUGUAUUCAAUUACUAAUCUGGUGGUCAGGAUCGAGCAGCUAAAUCAGCGCGUGGAGAGGCUUAAAAAUCGGGACUAGAUCGGGUUCUUGUCUCAGAUAAGUGCGUUUUGUUUGUUAAGAUCUUAUAUGUUGAUGAUCAAUACUGAUCGCGUCGAUUAUUGGGAAUGUGUGUUUUAUGAUUGUGUAGUUAACUGAGAUGUUUAAUUUCGAUGUCGAACAAGAGUGUACUUAGCUUCAUCACGCGAGCGUAUUAUUUCUGAUAAUUAUGUUUUUGAUAUGGGGGAGAUGAAUCUUAGUGGGAAGAUUUGUCUCUUUUUGGACGUUUGGCGUUGGGAAGCUUUGUUUUGCAUUCCAUACCGUGUUUCUAGAUUAAUGCAUCUGUCUAUUUUUCUCGUUUGAUA